AAAAAACCAAAAAACCAAAAACCAACACGAACAAGACAAGAACCUAGUCAAGACAAGAGAGGAAAGGAAAGAAAAGAGAAACAAAUCAAACAGAUGAAUAGCGAUCCAACACAAUCAGAAUCAGGAACAAACAUUUCAAACACGGAUGAGACCGGACGAGAAGGGCUAUAUCAUCAUCACACACAACAAGAAGGAACGACGGAGGAGGAGGACCAAGCAGAACCAAUUGAUACCGAUGAUGAUGAUGACGAGGAGGAGGAAGCUGAAUCACUAGUACUCAUCCAAUCACCAAAACAGGAGAUCGAUCACCAAGAAGAAGAAGCAGACGACGACGACGAACAGUCAACUUGCGACUCAAAAACACAUUCCUCUCCAACACAUCGCAACCAUAUCAAACAAGAACACCACUCCGGACAAUCAACACCAGAUUACCAUCAUCAUCAAAGGAAUAUCACCUCACCCGAAUCGGAAGUGCUAGAAGAUAGUCUGAUCUAUGAAACUCAACACCAAGUUGACUCGCCAAAUCAAUCUCCCUCACCAAACCAUCAAGAUCGAUCGAACCAGGAUUCACUUAACCGGAAUCAGAGCACCCAGGCAUCAAUCAACCCCUCCUUCUCAUUAUGGGAACAUCUCAAAUACGAGAUCAGCUCGAACCAGGAUGAUCUCUCACCACUCCAAGACUCUCCAUCGGCCUCCCUAAGAUCCGAACGAAUCUCAAACUUCCUCAACGUUCCGAUCGCCAUCGAGAAGACUAUCGUCUUUGGCUUUUGGAUUUGUCUUGAUUCAUUCCUCUCAGUCCUCACCAUCCUACCCAUCAAAUUCUUGUACUCUCUUACCAAAUUCUGUCAAAGUUUGGCUUAUAAAACCGCUCAUUCAACUCGGAUCAUCAAGAACAAAUUCCUAGGAAGAGGCAGUAAUGACGAACGAUCAAAACAUCCACAUCGCAAGCGAUUAAGCGUUCCUUGCAAGGUUGACCUCCUUCAGGGACUCUUGAUCAUCUUGGUCUGCGUCUUCCUACACCAUGUGACUGAUGCCAGUCGAAUGUAUCAUUCAGUCAGAGGUCAGGAAACCAUCAAACUCUACGUCAUCUUCAAUGUCUUGGAGAUUGCAGAUAGACUAUGUUGCUCGUUUGGACAAGACAUCCUGGACUCGCUCUUUUCCCCCUCAACACUUGGAAGAAGGCUUGAUGGAUCUCAACCGCACAUGAAACCGAUAUUUUUAUUCAUCCUGGCUUUCAUCUUCACAGUGGCGCAUACAUUGGUUCUAUUUUACCAACUGGUCUCCUUAAAUGUGGCCAUCAACUCAUUUGAUCAUUCGCUGAUAACCUUGCUCAUCUCCAACCAAUUUGUGGAGAUCAAGGGCGCAGUCUUCAAAAAAUUCGAAAAAGAAAACUUGUUUCAAAUGAGUUGCGCUGACAUCGUCGAGCGUUUUCAACUAUUCUUGAUGUUAGCCAUCAUUGCUAUUCGAAACUUGAUCGAAAUGUCCGGUUCAUCUACUUCAUCUUCCCAUGCUCACAGCUACACAUAUCACUAUCUGCCAAGUUCCCUAAACCUUUCACCAACGUUGUCGCUCAUAGAAAAAAUAUUCACGCCUGUGAUCGUAGUCAUGUUGAGCGAGGUAUUGGUUGAUUGGCUCAAGCAUGCUUUCAUUACCAAGUUUAAUCACAUCCGCCCAAGUGUAUAUGGGAGGUACAUCGACAUACUUUGUAAGGACCUUGUUGGCGAUCACAAGAUCGUCAGAGUAGAGGACAGCAUGAGGGAUGAUGAAGACAUAAAACCCUUUGUUGACAAAUCACCGGCUGUAUCUCGCCGAUUAGGAUUCUCAGUAUUCCCAAUCUUCUGUUUAUCGGUUCGAGUCUCCUUCCAGGCGAUCGACAUGUUAUCAGACACACCAGACGAAGAAUUCAAUAUGUUCACAGACGAUCUCAUGGACGUUCUAGUUGAUCAGCCAAGCAAAUUCUCCGUCGAAUACAUCAAACAGCAAAUCUUCACAAUCCCAUACUCGAAGUUCUUCAACGCCGAUCCAGCUGCUUACCUCGACCCAUCCAAACAAGAUCGAUCGUCGCCAAGCAGACCAGAAGUCUCAGGAUCAUCGACGUUCUCGAACUUCCAAAUGAAAGGAUUCAUCAUCUUAAGCUUCGUCGUAGUCAUGAGUUUCUUGAUCCUGAUUAAACUGUAUAUCGGGAUCCGGAUCCGAUUGUAUGCGAUCAAGCGGGUCCAGACUAUGAAUAGAAGACUGGCAGAAGACCAGGUCAAUGGGCGCGACCGGCUGCCUAUAGGGCUCUCUCCCACCGAGAUCAUGAAGGAAGAGAAUGACAGGAAGUUGAUCGAGAAGGUCGAAUUUGACGUCCCUCUCCGGAGAAUCUCUUCUUCUUCCAAACCGGCCCCGAAUUCAAAUCAAGAAUCAGUGGAUGAAAAGCCGACUGGUGAUCAAUUGAGGAAGAUCCCUUCCGGCUUACUGCUUGCCCCCUCUUGCUCCCACCCUCCUCCCAAUUCCCUCGAUCAACCCUCCUCGCAGCACAAAAAGAAACCCUUGUCGAUGGACGAACUCAGUCGUUUUGAUAUGGUUCGCAGUCGCAUCUGGUAAUCCUUCCCCCCCUCUCCUGAUCACCUCAGGUCCGGUGUAUACCAUCAUUAUAUAUCCAUGUUUCUUUCGGCAAAUCUAUCCUUGACCCGCUCAAAGAUCAGCUUGCGGUAUUUCUCGUAAAACAUUUUUUUUUCCUUUUUGAAAACAAAAAAAAACCAAGCAUAUGCGCAGUUACCUUUGUAUGUAUGUACAUGCAUUUACAACACAAUCAACUUUGGCCUUUCCACCCAACUUUCCUUGUCGUUUUUUUCUUUUUUCUUUAAUGGUUUUUAUCUUGGGUGUGUAUGGUGUGAUGGAAAAUACUUACUCCUUGUUUCUAGGUUUUUGUUUUUAUUUUUGUUGGAUAAAUAUACCGCAACCAGGUAAAGGAAUAUACAAGUCCUCUAAUUUUGUUUAUAUUGUAUUCAUAUUCCUAAAUCAAAUGUUUUUUUAACAUACAUAACACGUGGGAUCUGCUUGAAGUUGAAGUGAACCUUGAAGUCAUGACCCGCUUGGCCCUGGCAUUCAAACUUAUACAUCGCGAUAAACGUUUCGAAGAGAUGCCC